GGCGGUAGUGUUGCGUUGCGUUGCGCCGCGACGUAGCUCCCUAUCCCUCCCAAACAAAACGACAGUUGGCUAGUGCACUUGACGGUGAAACGUUGUCAUCCAGUGAUAUUUUGCUUGCGUCGAUAUUUAUAUUCUGUUUUAGUGUAAUCGUAAAAAAUCACAAUGGCUGACCAACUCACCGAAGAACAAAUCGCCGAAUUCAAAGAAGCGUUUUCGCUCUUUGACAAAGAUGGUGAUGGCACAAUAACCACCAAAGAAUUAGGUACCGUGAUGAGAUCUCUAGGACAAAAUCCCACCGAGGCUGAAUUACAGGAUAUGAUCAAUGAAGUUGAUGCGGACGGUAACGGUACAAUCGAUUUCCCCGAAUUUCUCACAAUGAUGGCUCGCAAAAUGAAAGACACUGACAGCGAGGAGGAGAUUCGCGAAGCUUUCCGCGUGUUUGACAAGGACGGAAACGGUUUCAUUUCGGCAGCGGAAUUGCGUCACGUGAUGACCAACCUCGGCGAAAAAUUGACCGACGAAGAAGUUGAUGAAAUGAUACGAGAAGCUGACAUCGACGGCGAUGGUCAAGUCAAUUAUGAAGAUUUUCGAAACUUUUAUCAUAAAUUGUAUCAGAGGCGAAAGAAAGAAACAAAACCAGACAAGAAAAAACGUGGAAAACCGCCACCCGCGAAGGGCAAGAAAAAAUAGGUGCAAAAUCUAAGUGGACCAAAAUUGUCUGUAAUUAAAGACUAUUUGAUUCUGUGGAUCUUGGAGAGAAAUAAUAAAUUUUUACUCUGUGGCAUAGUUCUUGUCAUAACUAUAAUAGUUUGUCACCAUGAUGACGUCAAAGUGAAGAAGCCAACAUUUUGCAUUUCAGCUUUCCAUUGUUUCACCUCGGCCCGUAAAACAACAACAAAAACAUUUUUCACAUCAACCGAACUUUAAUAUGCUUGUAUAUUGGCAUCUGCCGGGCCACUAUGUGAAUAACUUUACUGUUAUUUAAUUUACAAGACAUACUUUAAUUAUUAUUAAUUACAAAAUAAAUAUUUAUAAAUUAAUUAUGUGUAAAUUUUUGUAAUAUAAUUUUGUUGGGCGUGUCCCCACUCUAAGCUUUUUCCUUUUUCAAUUGAGGCGUUUGGUGGGGCACCUCUCGGUACUGUAAACAAAUCUGUGCUACUUCUUUAGAUAAAACAAAUAAUGAAUUUUUCAGACAACUUUCACAAAGUAUGAAACAGUAUCUAAUAAUUAAUUAAUUAAACGUUUUAAAAUAUUGCUACUGUUCUCUAAUUAAUAAUAUUAAAAUUUGAUGUUAGAUAGGGGAUACAAGAAAUUAGGAAAUUCACUACUACUACUUCUACUACAUCUAACUUUCAUACUUUGUGAUCUCGUAAUAAACGUGCACUUAAUUAGAAUGUAUCCCUUUUUAAAUUUAAUAACAAUACUUUCCUUUUCACUAUAAAAAAUGCUCCUGGUAGUUAAAUGAAGUGAUUUUUUCUAUUUUUUAUUAUAUUGUUUUAAUUGAAAGUGUUUAUUUAUUUAAAAAUCAGGAGGCUGAUUUACUUUUAACUGUUUAUGUCCCAUAAUGUUAAUGUACUGUAAUGUAGGUUUUUAUUAUAGUAUUUUCAAAUAAAUACAAAAUAUUAUUAAAGUAAGAAUUAUUUCCCUACAUAUUUCAUUCUUGUAUUUGUACUAAGUUUAAUUACAUAGGAAAAAAAGUAACCACUUGAAAAAGUUACUACUGUGAAAUUAUUUAGAUGUUUAAAUUUGAAAUAAAUGUGACUAGAAAUAUAUUUUUCUUUUUGGUCAAGACCAACCCAGUAUAAUAUCGAAAAACAAAACUUACUUAUUAUUGAUUUCCAUCUUUUAUGUUAAAUAAUUUAAACAAAUAAUAAAAUCCACUUUUAAAUAUGUUUUUUUUCUGAGAGCCUGAAAUAUAGAAUGUCACUUAAUUA